GAAGGCUCUCAGCGGCUGUUACAGGUGCGCGCUUGAGUCUCUCCUCAUUGGCUCAUCGGGGAGCCACGAGCGUGCUGCUCUCACAGCGCGUUCACUGCGCGCUCAUGGCGUUCCACUCGCGCUCGACAGCUGCGACUGACGUAUUUGGACAAGAAAUUAAUGCCCUGUGAAACUUCUUCGUCUCCCGAAUGUGAUCUUUGCAGACGCCGUGGGUGUUUCCCCGCUCAUUCCUCCGGUAUAAGUAAUCCGAAAGCACGCCGGUGGAUCGGCGCGGCAAUUUUUUGGGCGACAUUACUACGGAAAAUACGACCGAAAGCGGUUUGUUUUAAUUUCAUGAUAGAAACCUGACCGUUCGCCAAGUUGAUAACGACUCCGGAUCGUUAACUGUGGGGGAAAUGGGCACUUUACGCGAUCUCCAGUACGCGUUACAGGAGAAGAUUGAAGAAUUGAGACAGAGAGACGCGCUGAUUGAUGAACUGGAGUUGGAGCUGGACCAGAAGGAUGAACUCAUCCAGAAGCUUCAGAAUGAGUUAGACAAAUACCGAUCCGUUAUAAGACCGGCAACACAACAAGUCCACAAGCAGAGUGUCCUUCAAGAGCAGCAGAGGACCAAGAGACAGGCGAUCUCAGCCGAACCUACAGCCUUUGAUAUUCAAGACCUCAAUCAUGUCACCCUGCCUUUCUAUCCAAAGAGCCCACAGUCUAAAGAACUAAUCAAAGAGGCCAUUCUUGACAAUGACUUCAUGAAGAACUUGGAGCUGUCUCAGAUUCAGGAGAUUGUGGACUGCAUGUACCCUGUGGAGUAUGAUAAAGAUAGUUGUAUCAUCAAAGAAGGCGAUGUGGGCUCCCUGGUCUAUGUCAUGGAAGGUAGGUCAUGUCAAAGUAUUCUUGCUGUUUACUUUACUGUGUUUUACAGCUGUAACAUAUGAUAUACAGA